AUGCAAUCUGUUUCAGUCAUUGUUGCUUAUAGGGGAAAAUGGAGUCUAGAAAACCAAUAUACAAAUUUUGGUUUUCAAUCAGUUUUUAUUCCUGAGGAUGCUUCUUUGAAGUUUUUACAAGAGUGUUUAUGUGAGGAGCUGAAUCUUGAGUUGUUUGGUUUUAAUGUUGGUGUUCAUUCUUUAUUACUUUUUGUGGGAAGGAAGUUGAAGGACCCAAUUGAAAUUGUUUCAGACCUUAAGAGGGAUGAUGAUGUUAAGUUGUUUUUAAACUUGGUUCGACACAGUAAGGAAGCUCUUAGAUACCCGUUGGUAAUAGAUUUUGUUAGUAGCUCCGUUAGUGCAGUGGGAUCUAUUUCUUCUUCAUCUUGUUUUAUUAGUUCAAGAGAUGAGGCGUCAUCUUUUAAUGCUGAUGGUUCCGUUUGUCAAUUUGAAGAUGAUAUUGAUGUUGCGAUGAAUAAUUUUUUGAUUGAAGAUUUGGAUAUUUCAAAGUUACCUAUGUCGUUUGAUGUGAAUGUAGGCAAUCAAUUCAUGAGCAAGUCGGUUCUCAAGAAAUUCAUGCAUGUAAUUGCUAUUAGGAGGCAUUUUGAAUUUAAAUCUGAAAGAUCUAAUAAUUCAUUUUAUGUUUUGGUUUGUAAAAAUGAGAGUUGUACUUGGAAGAUGCGUGCUGCUAAGGUUUCAAAUGGUAAUGUUUGGGAAGUGAAGAAGUAUAUUAAGGAACAUACUUGUUCACUUGAUGUUGCUAGUGCUGAGCAUCGCCAAGCAAAUAGUCGUGUUGUUUCGGAGUUUUUAAAGGGCGAUUUUAGCAUUGGGCUUGCAGAGCGUUUGUAUCCUAAUGAUUUGAGGUCCAUAAUGCAUGGUAAGCAUGGUGUUGAGAUUAGUUACUACAAAGCGCGAAUGGCUCACCGAUAUGCGUUAGCAUCAAUGAGAGGAAGUGCAGUGGAGUCAUAUGCAUCCAUUCCUUUUAUGUGCAAUGUUUUCAAGGAGAAAAAUCCAGAUAACUUAUGUUAUCUGAAAAAUCCAGGUUAUGCUUAUGGUUUUGUGCAGUGGAGUCGAUCUGUGACUUCUUAUAAGCUUGACAAUGAUGGGCGGUUCAAGCCUGUGAUCUUAGUUGAUGACACUUCUUUGAAGAAUGAGUUUUCUGGGACCUUGCUUCUCUCUGCAGUUUUAGAUGCUGAUAAUCAUAUUUUUCCGCUUGGUUUUGCAAUUGUUGAUUCGGAGAAUGACUCCUCGUGGGAAUGGUUUUUUGAAAGGCUUAAGGAGGCCAUCAGAACUCGUGAAGAGCUUGUUAUUAUUUCUGACCGAAAGAGUAGUAUCCCUAAAGCAGUUGAGAAGGUAUUUUCGGAUGCAUCUCAUGAAUUUUGUAUGCAGCAUUUACUUAGAAAUUUGAAUUCAAAUUUUAAAAGUGUGCAUGUGGAUGCUAUAUUCUAUCGUUGUGCCAAGACAUACCGUAAGGAAGAUUUUGGUUACUUCAUGCGUCAAUUGGAGGCAGUUCGACCAGCUAUUCAAAAUUAUUUGAUGCAAGUAGGGGUUGAAAAGUGGGCACGUGCUUACUUUGAGAGGAAGAGAUAUGAUGUCAUGACGACUAAUAUCUCCGAGUCGUUGAAUAAUGUCUUAGUGAAUGCUAGGGAGUAUUCUAUUGAAGCUUUAAUUGAGCAUUUCAGAUCCCUCUUGCAAAGAUGGUUUUAUGAGCGUCGAAAUAAGGCGGAUCAAACUUUUAUAUACUUUAGUAAACAUGCAACUAAAUACCUUCGUGAUAGGAAAAAGAUUGCACGUUGCUUAUCUGUUCAACCCAUGGAUAUCAAUAAGUAUUAUGUUGUUGAUGGUUUAGUUGGUGAGAUGGUUGACUUGGUGGCAAAAACAUGUAGUUGUCUUGUUUGGCAAGUUGAUGAAUUUCCAUGUCCACACGCUAUUGCAUCGAUUUGGAAAAGAAAUCUUGAUCCAGCACAUUUUACUUCCUACUAUUACACCAACAAUGCAUUCAAAGCAACAUAUGAUGUUGGCAGUGAGUUGGAGGUUGUUCUUCCUCCUGAGUUUAAACGUGGUGCUGGGAGGCCAAGGAAGCAAAGAAUUCUUUCUAGUGGAGAACGAGAGAAGCAAUAUGUGAAGUGUAGUCGAUGCAAGCAAGUUGGCCACAAUAGGAGGACUUGUUCAAACCCCACAUUUGUUUAUAUGAACUGA